UGACCAAUAUGAGGAAAGUGAUGAUAAUAUACUUACUUCAACAUUGGAAUUUGCUUCACCCUUACCUCUGACUAACACAACAGAACUUAAAUUACUUAAAGAUAGUGUUAAUUUGUUAGAUCCAGUAGAUAAUGAUUUAGGAGAAGAUGAUAAUAUAGAAAAUGAAAUUUAUUCUGACUUCAAAGAAACUAAUAAUGAAGAAUCAGAUAGUAAAGUAGAAUGUAAAAAUGAAGAUUAA